AUGAAGACAACGGUCGCCACGUCCGCUCUCCUUCUCGCCACGACCGCGAUGGCCUCGUCGUCGCUCGACCGCGCGUCGCUCCUGCGCGAGUUCAACGCGUGGAAGCUCAGCGACGCUGGCGCCGAAGCCUUUGAGCGCGGCUUUGUGCCCGAGACCAUCGGUCGGUCUGUGCCCGAGGCCGAGAACCUGCUCCUCGACCGGUUCCUCGACACCAAGCGGGAAGUCGCGCGCCUCAACAUUGAGCACCCGGACGCACACUUUUCGCUCGAGAACCCGUUCGUGCUGCUCAACGAAGCCGAGUUUGCCGCCUUUGUCAAGGGGUCGUUUGGCGACGGUCCGCGCCAGCUGCGCGCCGCCAGUGACGACGACCUUGUUUCGUCGGAUGUGCUCGACGUCAAGGCCACCAGCAAGGACUGGACGACGCAUGCGUGCAGCGCGCCGCUGCGCAACCAGGGCCAGUGCGGGUCGUGCUGGGCGUUUGCGGCCGUCGCUGCUGCCGAGUUUGGCCACUGCCUCGUCACGGGUGCACGCCUCGACCUCUCGCCGCAGCAACUCGUGAGCUGCGACAGCUCCAGCGGCUACGGCUGCCAGGGCGGCUGGCCCUGGAAGGCGCUCGACUACAUCUCCAAGAACGGUCUCUGCACCGCCGCGGCGUACCCGUACACGUCGGGGUCGAGUGGCCAGAACGGCGCGUGCCAGUCGUCGUGCAAGAAGACGCCGCUCCGCGUCGGCGCGUCCGUGAGCAUCCAGGGCGAGGCCAAGCUCACGUCGGCACUCGACAAGCAACCCGUCGUCGUCGUCGUCGAGGCCGGCAACAACGUCUGGAAGAACUACAAGAGCGGCGUCGUCAAGUCGUGUCCUGGCGCGCAGUCGGACCACGCCGUCUUGGCCGUCGGCUACGACGCUGGCAGCUACAAGAUCAAAAACUCGUGGGGCGCCAGCUGGGGCAACGGCGGGUACAUUUCUCUGCAGCGCGGCGUCGGCGGCAAGGGCAUGUGCAACGUCGCCGAGCACCCGUCGUACCCGCCGCUCAAGUAA